CCUUGUGUCGUGGGCUGGGCAUGCUAUGUUUCCCGCCUCGCUCACACGCACAGACCAGCCGGGACUCCCAGAGACCUGAUGACUCACGCGGAUGUCACUGUUUACAAUUAUUCAUGCCUUAGCCCAGUCAUCACCAUCAGCGAACUAGCGUUGAUGCUCGGAUGAUGCCAGCUAUGCAGACUCGCCUCUCUUCUUUCGUGCUACCUAACGCCUCUCUUAUUUGUCCGAACAGAGCAGGACUAUUUUCCGUUAGUUAUUAGCCUUUGUUAGCCUGGCAGAUUUCUCACCCUAAAUCCUGCUUAGCCUACCGGCGAUUCAAGCAUCGGAUGCUCUUAUUAAAUCACACAAAUCCCAUUGCAGCGAUCCGCUAAGUCCCUCUCUUUUCGUCAUCACCGGCCGUCCCUGCCGUCCGGGCCUUCCCGGCCGUCCCUGCCGUCCCGGCCUUCCCGGUCGUCGCGAUGCUCUUCGAAACCGUCCGCGUGGAGCCGGACGAGCUCCGCCUGCAGUUCGAGCCGGGCAGGAGUCUGGAGUGCGACCUGCACAUCGCCAACGUCACCUCGCAGACCGUUCUCGCUAAGCUCCUCCCCAGCAACCCCCGGCGCUACAAGUUUUCAUCAGGCCCGAAGGUGCUGCUGCCGCCCUACUCAAUCACAGACAUCAGAGUGACGUGUGAGCCUCUGAGCGCACGGCCGUAUUGGAACGACAACAUCAAUGUGGAGUGCUACCACUCCGCCAAUGCCACCUCGCCGCUCUCCCUGCACAAUGACGCCUUGCCCCUGACCGGGGUGGCGAAGCUGCGGGUGCCAGUGCUGUUCCUAGACCCCGAGGGCGCUUUCCCCACGUCCACAAGCAUCUUCUCCUCUGCGUCUCUUGCCCGCACGGCCAGCGUCACCUCCUCCAGUGUGAGCGGCGGCAGUGCGUCGUCUCUGAGCAGCAGUGCGCGCGUGGGCACUACCAGCAACCUUGCGCUCAACUCCGUGGGCGAUGACCUCACUGACGCCACUGCUGCUGCGCUCGGCAUGAGCGAGCCUCAUCUCAAGCGCCGGGACGCCUUCAUAGCUGAGCUGGGCGAAGCCCUCACAGACAGCAAGAAGCAGGCUGCUGCUCUCAUUCACGAGGUGGAGGAAUUGAAGUGGCAGCUGGGGCAGGAGCAGCACCAGAACAAGCACCUCAAGUCUCGCGUGGCGGACUAUGAGGCGGUGGAGAGAGGUGGGGGGGCGGGGGGCGUGGAUGACCGCAUAGAGGAGCUGCGCACUCACCUGGCAGAGGCGGAGUGGAACGCACAGCAGGCAGCAACGGACGUGCUGGAGAGGGACAAGGAGAUCAAGGAUCUCUCUGCCAAGAUGGCGUCCAUGGAGCACGAGAUGCGGGGCAUGGUGGAGCGUGAGGAGGCGGUGGUGGCGCUGCAGGAGCGCACGGAGGAGAAGCGUGCGGCGCUAGAGGCGGAGCUGGCGGAGCUACAGGAGGAGAUGGGCAAGGUGGCGCGCAAGAAGGUCGAGAUGGAGGGCGACCUCAGGCGCCGCCUCGCAAAGGCAGAGUCUGCCAUGGCGGCGGCGCAGGCGCGGGAGAAGGGGCUGGGGGAGAGGUGCCGGGCAGCGGUGGCAGAGGCCCGCAAGCUCAAGGCGGAGGCACUGGAGCUCAAGACCGAGGUGGCGCGCGCGGGGUCCAGCAGCAAGAGCUCCUUCAAGGGCCUCGCUCAGGUGGCAGCACUGCGCUUCCAGAAGGAGAGGCUGCUGCGGGAGAAGGAGAGCCUCGAGAAGAAGCUCCAGGAGGCAACAGGGGAGGGUGCAGGUGUGACGGUGGCAGCAGCGGUGGCAGGGGAGGGCAGCAAUGAGACUGUUCAGAAGCUGGAGCAGGAGCUGGCGCACACACAGGAGCUGCUAGAGGCGGAGAGGAGCGCGGCAGCAGAAGCAGCAGCGGCGGCGGCGGCAUUGCGAGAGGCAAUGAGCCGCGAGGUGGAGGAGCUGCGGCGGGAGAUGGAGGCGAUGAGCGUGCGCAGCCGGGAGGAGGGCACGGCACGGGCCGACGGGCAGGAAGAGGAGGAGCUCGAGGCUAUAGCGAGUGCAUCGUCGGAGGAGCUAAGGGAGCAGCUGUGGGACGCUCUGGAGCAGCUCGACAAGGCCAAGAACUUCGCCAGCAUUAUGCGCGGUCAGGUCAUUGAGCAGAAGAAGAGGAUGCGAGAUCUCGAGGAGGAGCUGAAGCGCUCAGAGACAGGCCCACUGAAAGAGCGCCUGGAGGAGGUGGAGGAGGAGGCUCGUGCACUGGGGCAUUACGUGGAGCAGCUGGAGGAGGAGAGGGCGCAGGGCGGGGCGGACCCAGCGGAGGUGGAGGCCAUGCGGGCAGACCUGCAGGCGAUGAGGGAGGAGGUGGGGCAGCGCAGGGCGGAGCACGAGCACCUCAUGCAGGAGCUGAACAACAUGUACCGCAACCAUCAGGAGCAACUCGCCGAUGCUCUGCAUCAGCGCGAUGCAGCGAUGGGUGAGCUGCGGAGGCUGCAGCGGCAGCUGGAGGAGGAGGAGGAGGCGCGGCAGGAGGCGGAGCGGCGACGUGUGGAGUGCGAGAGGCGGCGCGCGUCCGUGGAGCAGGAGAGGAACGAGACAGAGAUGCAGGCCAGCACGCUCAAGCAGAAGAUGUCCCGGCUGGAGCGACAGCUGUCCGAGCUGAACCACGCGCGCAGCAAGGGCGGGGCGCAGGAGGAGCAGGCGGUUAAGGAGCAGGCUGCAAAGGUGGCGCACCUGCAGGAGGAGGUGGAGCGGCUGGGGAAGAUGGGGGAGGAGGCGGACAGGCUGAGGGACGACCUGAAGGUCAAGGAGGAGAAGCUGAAGGCAGAGGAGGCAAAGGUGGCACAGUUCGCAUCCAAGCUGCAUGAUAUCACGAUGGUGAAUGAGACGAUGGAGAGGAAGCUCAAGGAGCAGAGCGCGUUCGAAACAACCGUCUACGAGGUGACGGCAGCGGACACCAAGAAGCCUGGGCACGUGCUUCGGCUGAGGAAGAAGACGGCCUACAGCUGCGCCGUCUGCAAGCUUGCAGGCAGGGGGCUGUGCUGGCGCUGCACCCACUCCACAUGCGGCGACUACAUGCACACGCAAUGCCUCAUCAAGAAAUGAGGAGGAGAUUGCCCUUGGGUUGGAACUUGGAACGUUUGCUUGAAGAUAAUGCCGUGAUGAGGCAGGCAGCAGGGAGGGCAGUGCUGGCACUGCACCCACUCUAUGCUGGCGGUGCUUUCACUCCACGUGCGGAGCAGAGACUACGUCCAGUUGCAGUGCCUCACCAAGUGAUGAUGAUGGGGGGGAUUGCGUUUGAGCUGAACAUUGGAAAACGGAAAACCAAGGUCGUAGGGGGCUCUGCUAUGCUGUCGCUGCACCCACUCCACGUGCGAAAGCUACGCCCACUCGCAGUCAGUGCCUCAAGUGAUUGAACGGAUUGCAUGAGGGGAUUGCAUUUGAGACUCCAUUAUGCAAGGGUGUGUGCUGUGAUGGUUGGUGGUGCUGCUAACACUUUGCCAACUCACACUCACUGCCUCUUCAAGUGCCGCCAGGGUUACAGACUCCCUUGUUCGGCCACAGCCGUGCUCACAGCCUUGCUCACAGCCUCACAAGAUCUUUCACCUGCUCCUGCACGUGCACUCUCACUCGCUCCCUCACUCACCGUCUCUCACCUCAAGCC